GUAGAUAUUGUUAUAUUUAUGUAUAAAUAGUAGUUCAUUACGGACAAAUUUGUGUAUAGUAUAUACCGAAUUGGUCGAAUUAAGACCAGCAAAAUGCUGCCUUUCGUUUUGGUAUUAUUCGUCGCUUCGGGCGCUUUGGCCGCUCCAUCCGUGGUCGUCAACCAAGCCAGCAUCAAUGACAUUGCUCCAAUCCCAGACAAUGGCAGACUCGUCAACAGCUACGUGAUCGACCGCUCCUUUGAAGCCAUCGACGGUGGAGACACCAACAUCUACAUCCUGACCAUCCAGCAGAUCCUGAACGAUCUGGCCAACCAGCCGGACGGUCUCAGCCAGAGCUUGGCUGUCGGCACCACCAUCGCCGCUCUCGGAGAACUCGCCACUGGCACCCCAGGAGAUGCAUGUGAAAACGCUGCUCUCGCCAACGCCUACGCCUCCGGUAGAGGAGUCGGAGCAGCCCUGAGCAGCUGGGCCAACAGACUGGCCGGCAGCAUCGACCUCAUCGUCCAACUCGUCAACAACCCCAAUGGAGUCCGUUACUCAACUGGCCCCCGUGGAAACUGCGUUGGUGGCGGCAGAGCCUACCAAUUCGAAGCAGCUUGGGAUGCAGUCCUCAACAACGCCAACCCAUACCAGAUCGGCCUCAUCAACGAAGAGUACUGCGCAGCCAAACGCCUGUACAGCGCCUUCAACAGCCGUAGCAACAACGUCGGAGCCGCCGUCACCGCCGCCGCCACCGGCCCGGCCAACGCCGCUCUCCAACAAGCCCUGCCACAGCUUACCAACUUCCUGAGAGUGGUCGCCGGCGGUGGAAACCCAGCAGGUGUCGCUGGAGCCGCCAAGGCAGCCCUCGCCAGCGCCGUCGCCAACGUCCAGGCUUCAGGACUCUACUGAGGAGUUCAGUGACCGCACCCCCCACUUGUACAUAUAAUAUACCUAUAUAUGUAUCAUACAACAACAAAACUGUGCUCUUUAUAGUAUGUAUAGCAUUCAUAUACACAGCCACGAAACGUGAAGAAUAUCUUUAUGAAUAUUCAACUCUUGUUUGUGGCAUUUCGUAAGUCAAUAGAUGAUUAUAUUAUUAUGUAAAUAUACGUUUAUAUUUAACAAAAACGACCUGGCUUUUCAUUCAAUGGCUAUUUUUUGUUCAAUAAAGAUGUAUCCAGUUCACUAAAUUUUUA